GGAGGAAGUAGAGUUGGUCUGAUAAAUAGCAUAACCUGGCGACCAUUCACAUCUCGACUACAUCUCAGAACUCCCACAGCCACCAGAGGAAGUUUCCAUAACAUUGUACGCUGAUGAUUGGACGAUAUUGACGUCGGGCAAUAAAAUUGAUGGCAUGUGUUCAAGGGUAAACGGCUAUUUCUCCGACCUUCCUCGCUUCUUCUCUGCACGGAACUUAACACUCUCCCCCACCAAAUCCACAGCGACUAUAUUUACAAACUGGACGAAAAAGUACAGACUUGACCGUACAAUUGGCGUCGACGGCGACAAGAUUCCGACUGUCACUUCCCUAAGUUUUUGGGUGUAACUUUUGGUAGAGUAUGCUCCUUCACUCUUCAUACGACCGCGAUUAUCGCCGAGGUACAGAGCCACAACAGGACAUGGGGAAAGGACAAAGAAACGUUGUUGGCAACUUACAAGGCAAUUGGCUGGCCGGUCCUCAACUACGCCGCACUAAUAUGGUCGCAUGGAUGCAGUGGAACGCAGAUGAAGCUUCAGACUUGUCAGAACACUGCACUCCGGACUACGACAGGAUGCCUCCUGAUGUCUCCCAUUGAACACCUACAUAGUGAGAGGCUUAUGCUCCCAGUUAAGGAGCAUAAUGAACUCCUUUCCAGACAGUUCCUGCUGGAAUGUUUUCGCAGAAAUCAACCCUGCAGCCACCUGCUUGGAAAGGAACGGCUUCCUAGGAACAUCAAGAGGUCUUUCCUCAAUUACGUCGACUACACCGAACAAUACGCCGACCGGACUUCGGACGCAACUUACUUCCGACAAGCACUGACCGACUCCAUUCCUGUGAAUGACGUUCUUGGAGCCAAAUCACCACCCGUUGCAGACAAAAUGCUCGAAUUUCCGCAAGAAACAAGAGUGAAUCUUGCGCAGCUUCGUUCUGAAUAUUAUAGAAGGUUAAACUCCUAUUUGUCAAGAAUAGACCCCGUUAUAUCCAACAUAUAUCUUGCGUGCAAUGAGUCUCCGCAUGACACUGGCCACCUAUUUGCAUGCCCCGCCAACCCCACUCAUCUGACACCCUUUUACCUUUGGUCCGGUCCCGUCGAAACAGCACGUUUCUUGGGCCUCCCGUUAGAUGACGACGACGACAACUUAGAUAAUCCUUACCAUUCUAACGGGGAUUGAAUAACCGUUAAAAAACAACAGAAUAAGUAUGAAACCUGGAAACCCCACUAACAUAACGGAUCUUAUCGUCCCAUAACUCGCCCUUCCCCAGUAGUAGACAUUUGAGACUUUAUUACUCCCGACCUGCACUCACUAUCUGAACCUAGCAGACCUUCAACAUAGCUUCCGUAAUGGGUACAGCACCGCCACAACACUUAACGUCACGUCCAGAUAAUACGCCCUGUCACUCAUCUAUCGCCCUACUCUCUAUGGCUCUAACUAUAGUUUGCUACCCUAACAGGGAUUACCGCAACAACAGCCAACGCUUCGAAACUCUGUCUCGCAAAGAUUCCCUCCCUGAGAAAAAAAGUACGAAACAAAUAUAAAGCUGCAUGUAUAAAUAGAAGCAAAAGUUACUAUCGGAACAACAAGUAAACAACAGAUACACACACCACCGGUUUAUAGAACAAUCCAAAAGCAAACACAAAUGUAUAAAUUCAAUAAGAACAGCGUACGUGUACCAGACCAAUAAGUAAAAAAUUUUAAUUAUAUUUAUACAAAGGUUAAAAUAAACACGUAUGUAGAUGUGCUAGCAAAUAUCGAACACAGUAUUUGCAUCUGCUGGAUUGCUAAUGAACGGCGGUAUCAUUGGCGCAGCAGCCAUUGCAUAUUUCUGUCUGAUCUAGCCUCUGCCACCGGCUACAGUGGCCAUUAAAUCGCCUUGUAUUCGCAACAAUGUAAAUAUGAAUUUCUUGGCGAGCACAGGUGCUCGAUACUAUGAGAGCAAAUUCCGUAUUCCCACAGUACUUUUGCCAGCAGCCUACACAGCGAUAGCGCGGAAGUUUAUAAAACUUUUCAACUAAAAAUAGUACUGAAUCAGUUGCGUCCAGAAAAUUUAGCCUCAUCAAAAAUUUUCAAAAAGUUAGUAUUCUUAGCGUGGAACUCUAUCAGUAUCAGUCAAGAACUUUUACUAAAAUUGUGCAAACAUCACUUGAAACAGCACAAUUAUAGUUAUCAAGUGUAGAUAAAAUAUCGACAGUCGGGCAGCUAAUAAAGAUUAUUUUAACGAGGUGAAAAUCUCCGGAAACCGUGAUAUUAGCUUUUGAAACAUUUAAGGUAUUAAAUCAGUACCUUGUGUGUUGUAUAUCCGUACUGUAGUGCCGGUGAGAGACUCCCGCUUGAAGAACAAGUGUGGUAAGGAGAGCAAACUGCACGUUUUUCCAGUUAUAAAAAUAUAGUUUUUAAUGCGAAUAGUAGACUUUUCCCGUUGCACUUAACCACAUCUAAUAAAAUGGCUACUUUCGGUGCCCUCGACUAUGGAAUUGUUGUACUUGUGCUGAUCGUAUCAGCCGGUAUCGGUGUAUAUUAUCGUGUGACGGGCGGGAAGCAGAAUACUACUAAGGAGUACCUGCUUGCUGGACGCCAGAUGUCAAUUCUGCCUGUAGCAUUUAGCCUUAUGACUAGCUUUAUGUCCGCCGUCACUCUGCUGGGUGUAUCGAUGGAAAACUAUCAGUACGGUACUAUGUUUGUGCUCAUCAAUAUCUCGUACGUCUUGUCCACACCGGCAGCUGCCUACCUCAUUCUGCCAGUUUUCUUUCGACUGAAAACUGCAUCCGUCUACGAAUAUUUGGAAUUGCGAUUUGGCUAUGCCACCCGACUGUGCGCCUCUCUUGCCUAUACUGUUCAAAUGACACUCUACAUGGGCAUUGUAUUGUAUGCACCAGCACUAGCGCUUGAAGCCGUAACAGGUCUGAAUCAAAACUUCUCAAUAAUUCUGGUGGGCGUAGUGUGUACCUUUUAUGCCACAUUGGGUGGAAUGAAGGCAGUGCUUAUCACAGAUAUUUUCCAGUCGCUGCUCAUGUUUGUAUCCGUGUUUAGUGUGAUAAUUUUCGCCACCAUCAAAGCGGGAAGCUGGGGUGAGAUCUGGCGUGUUGCAAAUGAAGGUGGUCGCAUCAAUUUUUCGGAUUUCCGUAUUGAUCCAACAGUUCGCCAUACCUUUUGGACACAAAUGAUUGGUGGCAUAAGCACAUACUUAUCCGUGUAUGGCGUCAAUCAGACGCAGGUCCAACGGUUGCUGUCAGUGCGCAAUCUAAAAGCAUCGCAAGCUUCUUUAUGGUGGAACUUACCAAUUUUGAUGCUACUGAGUUGUAGUACCUGUUUCUCUGGACUCUGUAUGUACUAUUAUUAUAAAGACUGUGAUCCUUUAUUGCAAGGUCGUAUUUCCUCACGGGAUCAACUGAUGCCACUUUUCGUCGUGGAUACAAUGUCAGACAUACCCGGAUUGUCGGGCCUAUUUGUUGCGGGUAUAUUUUGCGCAAGUUUGUCAACAAUUUCAUCUGCUAUCUCAUCUUUGGCUGCCGUGACUGUCGAGGAUUACAUAAAACCAUUGCUACUGUGGAAAACCAAACAAACUCUAAGUGAUUCCAGAAGCACAUGGUUUUCAAAAAUUUUCAAUCUGAUUUAUGGUGCGGGAUGUAUCGGUCUGGCAUUCCUAGCAGGUUCGCUAACUGGUGUUCUACAGGCUGCACUUUCCAUUUUUGGAAUUGUCGGCGGUCCAUUGUUGGGUCUAUUCACGCUCGGCAUGUACUGCACAUCUGUUAAUCAAAAGGGGGCAAUAACGGCUCUCCUCACCAGCUUGGCAUUUUGCUUUUGGAUUGGUUUUGGUCAACCCAGACCUGCGCCGGUAAGCUUGGAAUUCUCUACCGAAGGCUGUCCGGCGACGCCACCAACAUCGUACGUCAGCGACAUCUUCACACAACAACUGUCAACGGUGGAAGCAGCGGAGCCACAUUAUUUCUAUCUCUAUCGAAUCUCAUAUAUGUGGUAUGCGACAAUUGGCUUUCUCGUCACGUUCUUCAUGGGCUUGGUAUGCUCCUGGCUGUACGCCAAGCUGGGCUGGGAUUCGAAUGCACACAUCUACACCGACAGCGCGUGUACGACAAUCAAAUAUGACCUCUUUGUCCCCCCAAUAGCGAGACGGUUGCGCAAUCGACAAGUGCCCGUGGUGGUGGUGACAGGAACGAGCUCUGAAAUCGGAGGCGAGUCUUCAACACCCAGCAACUUAGAAGAUGAGACACCAACACCACAAAUUGACACACAUGUAACCGAUCUUAGCAUGCAGAACCUCGAGGAAAGUAAAAACAGUGGGAAAAUACCGAACAGCAGUGGAGAUAUAGUUUUGCAAAAUGGCAACAAGCAACAUGUAGCCGCCAUAUCUUGAAAUAAACUACUGCAAUUUAUUUGUUUUCAUUAGUAUUGAAGAUGUGUACGCAAUUUUAAACAAAGUUUUGAUUUCAAUUUGUUUCAAUAAAUCAAUCCUAUUGUUUUAGCCAA